CUCUUCCACCUCACCGACAAUUCUAUAGAUAGCACUGCUAAGAUAUCAUUAUUGUACAUGCUGUUAAUUGCCAUGUAGAGUACAAACUAUGAGCGUCCGGUUUCAUCUUGCCCCGUGCCCGUGGACUCGCCUUAGGAGACCAGAGGCCUUUCCCUGCAUGUAGCCUCUGCUGCUUCCUCGUUUGACCCUCGUCAAGGUACUGUUUCAGACUUAGCCCCAAAGGAACAAGAAAAGAAGAAGAAGCUACCCCACCGCCUUCAAGGCUUGCGCAGAGUUCCUUCUCCAAGUAAAAUAAAUCUGUCAAAUACUGGCACUACAUUGCUUCUCCUUCUACCUCACCGCAGACUAGUCUACUACUGACCAGUUCCCUCUCCAAGGCCAAGCUAGCUAGCUAGCAUCCAUCCAUCACUCCCCAUAGUUAUAGUUAGUUCCAAGCGACGAUGGGGCGCGGGAAGGUGGUGAUGAAGAGGAUCGACAACAAAGUGGCGCGACAGGUCACCUUCCACAAGCGCCGCCGCGGCCUGCUGAAGAAGGCGCAGGAGCUCGCCGUGCUCUGCGACGCGCACCUCGGCGUCCUCGUCUUCAACAGCACCGGCAAGCUCCACCACGACUACUGCAGCCUCCAUACCAGGUCCGUCCGUCCCUGCUUGCUUGCAUCCACCUUCCUCACAGUUCUUCUCCACGGCCCGUUUGUUCGUCCAUCGCGAUUUUAUUCCGGCCGUUGUAUAUUGAUUUUGGGUACACGGCUAUUUGGACGAACGGAUUUGUUUCUACAGUUUGGCUAUUACUCCCUCCGUUCCAUAUUAUGGAACGGAGGGAGUAGUAUGCAGAACUUGAUUAGUUGUAUAGUAUACAGUGCCGGAGACAGAAAAAAAGUAUGACCGAGGCCGACUUAGGAUGGCAACACUUUUGUACACAAAAAUUUUCAAAAAGAAAAAAAAACUGAAACUGCUGUAAUAGCAAAAUAUUUCUUCAUUGAUUAUACCACCUUUCAUUUUCCAGAAGAAAAGGAUGCUGUUGAAUUGCACAUCACACCGAAGAAAACUCUAGACAAUAGAAAUAUAGAGGAACAACUUGUUUCAACUAAAUGACACUUGACGUGGUGAUUCAUCGAACUCGUCCAUAACUGCAUCUGUUGAUAUUCCAAUUGCAAUCUCCUUUUCAAUAUAAACUACCAAGCAAUCCUUCAGUAAUCCAUCUUCCAUUUUAUUCUGAAGCCUUGUCUUCACAAGUUUCAUUGCAGAAAAUGCACAUUCUGUCGUUGCAGUUGAAACCCGUAAAGUAAGAACAAGUCAAAU